AUGUCUAGCUCGGUCCCAAUGGAAGGUAUGCCGUCGCAGCAACAUGGCGCGGACGGAUUGGACUUGACUGUAAUCGUUCUCAAUAGCGGCACGAGCAUGGAUGGGAUCGACUGCGCUCUUUGUCGCUUCCGCCAAUCUUUUCCAGAUGCGCCAAUGCACUUUGAGUUGCUCAAGUAUGGAGAGGUACCGCUUGAGAGGAACAUCAAACGUCGGGUCAUGGACAUGAUCCUGCACAACAAGACAACACCAGAGGAGCUGUCUGAAGUCAAUGUACUUCUGGGCGAGACUUUCGCGUCGGCUGUUGAGGACUUCUGUACAGAGCAUAGGGUGGAGAAGUCAGAUAUCGAUGCAAUUGGGCCCCAUGGGCAGACCAUCUGGCUACUCAGUAUGCCCGCAGCGGGUCAAGUGAAGAGUGCUCUUACAAUGGCCGAAGGAACCUUCAUCGCCGCACGAACUGGCAUCACCACAGUGACCGACUUCCGAGUUAGCGAUCAAGCGGCUGGUAGGCAAGGCGCACCCUUGAUUGCCUUCUUUGACGCGCUACUAUUGCACCACCCCACCAAACUCCGAGCCUGUCAGAAUAUCGGCGGCGUUGCCAACGUAUGUUUCAUCCCGCCAGAUAACGCUGGUGGUAUCGAUAAGUGUUUCGACUUUGACACCGGCCCGGGCAACGUCUUCAUCGAUGCAGUCGUCCGUCAUUAUACCGGCGGCGCUCGCGAGUACGACAAAGACGGCGAGAUGGGCAAACGCGGCAUAGUCAAUCAUGAGUUAGUGAAUGAGUCCCUCCAGCACGAGUACUUCCAACUCGCACCUCCCAAGACAACCGGGCGUGAAGUCUUUCGGGAUACUCUCGCUUUCGACCUCAUCCGCAAAGCGGAAGCAGCCGGCAUGUCUCCGGACGAUGUCGUCGCGACCGUCACGCGAAAUACAGCACAAGCGAUUGUAGAUCACUACAAGCGCUACGCACCAUCGCAGCACAUUGACGAGAUCUUCAUGUGCGGCGGUGGCGCCUACAACCCAAAUAUCACCGCACACAUCCAGAAGCACUACCCAAACACGAAAAUAAUGAUGCUCGACGCUGCUGGUGUGCCGGCCGGUGCCAAAGAAGCGAUCACUUUCGCUUGGCAGGGCAUGGAAGCCAUCGUCGGCCGCUCCAUACCUGUACCCGACCGGGUAGAAACAAGACGGGACUACGUGCUGGGUAAGGUAAACCCAGGGAAGAACUAUCGGGAGGUCAUGCGCAAGGGUAUAAUAUUUGGUGGUGCUCUCAAUAGAUUACCGCCAGUGCAGGACAUGGUAAAUCAUGUAGACGGUCGUGUAUUUGACAACAAGUGGUAG